AUGCACGGAGAAGCAGCUUGUUUGCCAAAGGAGUACCUAGAAGCGUACCCCUUCCCCGCAUUCGUCCUCGCUAUCCCGUCCUCGCUCGAAGCCAACCCCAAGUCGCCGCUCUUGAGUCCACUUGCCAACCUCGAUGGUGUUCCAGAACCUGUGUGGACCAAUGCGCGCUGGGCGAGGGCUGCUGGUCAUCGCUCCCUUCUUGAAUGCUUGACACCGGACGCGGCAAGGCAACUAGUGUUAUGGAUCGACGACCAGGUCAUGCAAGGAAGCAGUACCGAUGACACCGACGACACCGAUGCGGCCAUGUACAUCGAUGCCGACGAGCCAAAGGAGUGCAGCCGCGUCAUUACUCUUGGAUUUUCGUUUCCCCGCCGCACACUGCAGUACAAUCUUGUGUGCACCGUCCUUCCUCAAUCGACCAUGGUGGUCAUCGCGGCCGUCUCAAGGGGCAGACGCCUCCGACCGAGCUCGCGCAGCCCACGGAAAGCAGGCCGCACUGGGACUCUUCGCACGCCGCCGCGGUCGCCUGUCAAGACUCUCACCAAGUUGGAAGGAACCGGCUCUCCCGUGACACCAACCGCUGCUGUCCCCAUCCCACCACCUCUGCGACCUUUGAUUCCCGUCAUCCCUCAACAUGGGGAAUAUGGGGCCAGCCCGACAGUCCGACACCCUCUCAGCACUGGCAAUGUAACCGCUCUCACAGAGCAUCCCGCCUACAUUCCUUGCGGAAGCUAUGUUCCAGGUGAUCCGAUCUUUAUCAACAGCGAGGGCGUGGUCAAGGCUACGGCGUCCGCGGCGCGAGUCGUCCUUCUGAGCGGUGACGCGGUUGCCUAUCUUCUGCAGCAUCACGACUGGGCGUCUACACCAUUGGGAGCAUAUGCCGACUGGCCGAUCAGCUUACGCUCCAUUGUCUCCAUGAUGUCUGUCUUUCCUAUGGGAACUGCCGUCUGGUGGGGCCCGGAACUGACGUUCCUCUACAACCAAACGUAUGCCAACAGCUUGAGAAACCACCCAGACCUUUAUGGUGCAAGCCACCAAAAGUCACUGGAUCACCUGCGGAGCUCCAUCGGACGUCUGACAGAUGCAUUACUGGCGGGCUCGUCAAUUUACAAGGACGAUGAGUAUUAUCAAAAGUACGAUACCAAUGGCAACAGGAUCGAGGGCUACCGUUCUUUGCUAUGGGCCCCAAUCCGGAACGAAGCUGGAGAGUACGGCGGUAUCUGGCACGCCGCUCGCGAGACUACCCAAAAAGUGAUUGCAGAUCGUCGCCUGCUCCUUCUCCGCGAGCUUGGUGAAAGAGUUUCUUCCUGCCGCACACUGCAAGAGUUUGAGAAAGGAGUGCUCGAGACACUACACAUGCACCCAAAGGACGUGCCAUUUGCCCUGCUCUACUAUGCGGACGAGAAUGAUAAGCGCGACAGCGUGCGCAUGCGGUUCGCCGGCGCGAUUGGGGUCCCAGACAACCACGAGACUACUCCCGAAGUCAUCUGGUUAAACGAUGUUCAUCCUCCUCGCGAAUUUGAUCCUAGGGACAGCCCGACUGCAAGCACAGCGAGUACGUUUGGUGGUGCGACAACUCCAGAUCCUGGCUGGGGCUUUGCCGAAGUUCUGUCCUCCCGCCAGACCGCUGUUGUCAACUGCUCCGAGCUCGUGGCGGACUACACCCCACGAGCGUGGGACAUGCUGCCUACCCAAGCGUUUGUGAUUCCUGUGGUGCUCAACUCGGACGAGGGAGUGCCGGGUGCUGUCCUGGUUGUUGGUAUUAGCCCACAACUUGAGCUCGAAGCGUCAUACGAGAUGUUCACAGAGGACCUCCGGUUCCAGUUGGCGUCAUACCUUUCCUCUGUGAGGUCUUACAAUGUCGACCAACGAAGACUUGGGGACCUCACCACACUCGACCGAGCCAAAUCUCUCCUCUUCUCCAACGUCAGCCACGAGCUGAUUGCUCCGAUCACCCUUAUUGCAGGCCCCCUAGACGACGUCGUGGCAGACAUGACGGACGGUGUCAAGCGUGAAUCCCUCGUCAUGGCGCGCCGCAAUGUGUCGCGACUCUCACGACUCGUCAAUAUGCUACUGGAUAUCAGCAACCUGGAAUCUGGACGUCUCAAAGGGUCAUUUACUCACACUAAUCUGGGCGUUUUGACCCGUGACGUUGCUAGCCUGUUCGUCAAGACAGCGGCAAAGGCCAAGAUCGACUUCAGUAUCGACUGUGAUGUUAAAGAGCGCAACGUCUAUGUCGACCGCGAGCGAUGGGAGAAGAUUCUGUUCACCCUCAUCGGCAAUGCGCUCAAAUACACCGGCGAGGAAGGUUCUGUCUCUGUUAUCCUCAACUAUACGCACAAGUAUGCCACCAUGACGGUGACGGACACUGGCGUUGGAAUUCCGAGCGCCAACCUCAAACACCUCAACCUGGGACCUCAUGACGCCAGCGACGACGAUGGAUCUACCUCCGCAAUCUCGCUCACCUUUGCCAAGAAGCUUGUCCACCUCCACCACGGCGACUUUGAGGUUGAGAGCGCUACUGCGUGGGAGAGCAUCGCCGGGGACCACGGCACAACCUUCCGCGUUCGUAUCCCGAUGGGCACAAACCAUCUCCCUCCCGAAAACAUUGGUGAUUCAGACGCUACCCGUGCCGUACCAGACUCCCGGACAAUGGCCGUUGACUUUGGUCGGGAGAUGAUCGAUGAAGUCGGCCUAUGGCACAUGGACAGAAUCAGCGACGACACCACCAGUGCGCCAACGAGUGUAUCAUCGCACGAGACGUUCGGCUCCAAGUUGUCACGAGGCAUCGACCCUACCACCCUCUACUUUGCGCCAGAGGAUGUCAUCAUGGUUGUCGACGACCUGCCCGACACUAGGCGGUAUAUGCGUUCUAUUUUUGAGCCAUUCUGCAAGGUCGUUGAAGCACGCGAUGGCCAAGAGGCUCUGGACAAGUUUGAGACCCACGCCCCAGACCUCAUCGUCGCAGACGUGAUGCUUGCUGGUCUGAGUGGACCAGAACUGCUGCGCAUGUUGCGCAGUGGCUCGAGGGAACAACAGAUGGUGCCGGUCAUCCUCUUGACGGCGUCCAACGAGCGAUCCAGCGACGUUAUUCAAGCCGACGACGUCCUGUGCAAGCCGUUUAACGCUCGCGAGUUGGUCGCCCGUGUCCACAUGCAUCUCCAAUUGGGCAAGAAGCGGCGUACCCUCGAGACGCUGUUCGACGAACGCACCAUGGAACUGCGUUUGCUGAGCGAUCACUCGCCGGCUGGCAUUGUACGCAUGGAUCCUCAGGGUGUGCCGAUAUACUGCAACGUGGCCUGGCGGUCCAUGUGCGGAGUGACUGGGUUUGCCGCUUGGGAGCACGAGUUGACUCCCGAGUGUCUCGCGGAGGCGGCUCCCGCGUGGCACAAGUAUGUCGCCUCGGGCGAAAGGUUCUUCCAUAUGGAGACCCAUUGGAAGAACGGUACCUGGAUUUCAACAAAACUGGCUCGAUUGGACGAUCAACCUGGCGCCGCUGGCGGAUUCAUUGGGUCGGCGAUUGAUGUUACCGAACGCAAGCGCAACGAGCAGCUGCAGGCUGAGCAAAUUGCAGAGGCCGAGAAGCGGCGUGCGGAGGCGGAAGAGGCAAGGCAGCAGCAAGAGCUCUUGAUCGACAUUACAUCUCACGAGAUUCGCAACCCUAUCAGCAGUUUGAUGCAGAUGAGUCCAGCAACGACGACCGUGAACAACCUCCACGUCUUGCAGGAGACCCUUCAGAACGCCGUGCGCAACGAUGCGUGUUUCAAACCGACCAAACAGCUGCUCCUCACCAUGGCCGAGGACAUUGAGGCCUUGGACAGCAUCUACCAGUGCGGUCUUGCACAAGAGCGUAUCAGUAAUGACGUGCUAUCUCUCGGCAAAAUGCAGCUCGACCUGUUGGACAUGUUCAACAUUGGAACGGAUAUUCGGAUGGUGGCCCAAAAAGUGGUUUCCAUCUUCCAGAACGAGGCCCGCAUGAACCGCAUCUUCCUCAACCUUACGAUCUCGCCUUUGUUCGACACCCUCGGCCUCACCACCCUUAUGACUGACCCGGCAAGGUUUACCCAGAUCCUGACCAACCUGAUCUCAAAUGCUAUCCGCUUCACCGCCACUAGCCAAGAACGCCGCAUUGAAGUGACAGUGGAUGUUGGACUCGACGCACCCCAAGGCCAGUCAUGUGUCAAGCCUACCACCGAGUCGCGUGUCCAUCUCACGGACGAGACACCGGUCUACGUCUUUGUGUCAGUUUCAGACACUGGGCCAGGCCUCACUGAGGCUGAGCUGGAGAACCUCUUCCAGCGCUUCAUGCAAGCCUCGCCAAUGACACAUACCGUCUUUGGCGGCUCGGGACUGGGCUUGUUCGUCUGUCGCAAGCUCACAGAACGUAUGGGCGGACGUAUCGAGGUGGUGAGCGAGUACGGCAAGGGAUCUCAGUUCCGCUUUUUCAUUGCGACACGGCCUACUGCGAGCGUGGCAGCAGUGCCAAGGGAGGUCCCUCACCCACUCCCCACCCCAGGCGGAAGCAGCAAACAACAUAUCCUGGUCGUUGAAGACAAUAUUAUCAACCGGACUGUGCUUCUCCGCCAACUCAAGCAUGUCGGUAUGGCCGUGGACUCGGCCAUCAAUGGGCUUGAAGCGGUAAACAAGGUUCGAGCUGCCAUGGGCCCCGACGGCAAGCCAUAUGACUGUAUCCUGAUGGACUUGGAAAUGCCCAUCAUGGACGGAUACACAGCUGCGCGAACUCUGCGCUUGGCCGAGGACAGUGGUCUCCCCCAAUCUCUUAUAAUUGCACUGAGAGCCGGAAACGCCAGGCAGGCGCAGAUCGAAGAAGGAAUGGCCGACUUUGAUGCUGCGGUGAUCAAGCCAUAUCGUCUCUGA